AUGAUCCAUGGCGACCUGAUUCCAACCGGUCGUUUGCAUCCGGAGGUAGAGGGUGUGCCACCAGUGUUCACAUUUCCCGGUCGAGAGUCCGGACGCAGGUCGGAAGUGAUGCGCAGUAACUACCGCAGUAGUGAACCAAGUAGCAGCGACCACAGUAUACUGGAUCGCAGCUUAUUGGACCGUAGCUUAUUGGAGCGACGACGUAAAUCGGUUGAUGACGAAAGCGGUUCCGAAUUUGAAGGGGACGUCGAAGCGCGAGACGAGGACCAGAGUGAGUCUUAUGAAUUGAUGGGUGUCAUUCUGCCCUUCGCUUUAUGUGCGUGGGUAGAAAAAUGUUUCGGUCGUGUGUUCUUCAUCAUGGUCCAAAAGGAUGACUGGAGCCAGGCGGAGACGAUGCUCUGGACCGUGGGUAGCACGUUACUUGGUAAGACCCUUGCACUACUCCUGGGAUACGUAGGAACCAAAUAUAUGGGACCCAAGCAGGCCACAAUGCUUUCCUGCGUCUGGGGAGCCUUUCUUUGGUUUGGCAUCGAACUCGCCUUCGUUACCGUCCGCGUUACCGCCGUCGAUGAUGCCAUCACCAAGUACCCUUAUACCUGCCUCUUCUACAACGCUACAUUCGCCUUCGGAUCCUCGCUUGUCAUUGUGCCCGUGCUCCUCAUCAUUGCCGGCAUCUGCCAUGACAAGAACGAAUAUUACCGCUGCUACCUCUUCAGUAGACUACUCACCGUCUCCAUCAUCGUUCAAUUCACCGGACACUUCUUCCAAGCUCUCAGCAUACCUUACCAACUCUCCGCCUGCACCGUCCUCUACGUCAUAGGUAUCUUCCCUUGCUCCGACACCUUGCUCCGACACCUUGCUCCGACAACUUGCUCCGGCAACUUGCUCCGACACCUUGCUCCGACACCUUGCUCCGACACCUUGUUCCGACACCUUGCUCCGACACCCGCAAACACUUUCCGUCGUAGUGCUCCACUUGAUUCGGACACGGACCCCGAGGAUACAGUGGAUCCACUACGAAGACCACACGCCCCUAAGCCGGGUGCGCGCCGCGAUCGUGGCUCCCGGUGA